CUUAUCCUCACCACAUAUAAACUUAUUCUUCCUCCUCUUUUCGCUCCACUUUGAGUACUUUUAACACAUCAAAACAAACACACACACAUGCACGCACACACACAAAAGCCUCUUCUUGGUUUGAAUCUGAUACCUCAAUACACCAACAACAAUGGAGUCUCUAAAUCUGUUUAUCUCUCUCUUUCUGUUCUCAUUCUCAUAUUUCUUCUUAGGUGCUGAAUCGGAUCAUCUUCAACAUAGUAACUCAAAGAGCUUGAGACCGAACAGGCUGUUCGUGUUCGGAGAUUCCUAUGCAGAUACAGGAAACAUAAGGAAGUCUCUUUCCGAUUCUUGGAAAAUUCCUUAUGGCAUCACUUUCCCACAAAAACCCUCCGGUCGUUUCUCCGAUGGCCGUGUCGCCACCGAUUUUCUAGCAAGAUACUUGGGGAUAAAGUCACCGAUCCCAUACACGUGGAAGGAUUACGCGGGAAAGGAACGGCUACUGUACGGGAUGAAUUAUGCGUACGGAGGAACAGGAGUGUUUAAGACUAAAGAUAAUCCAUUGCCAAACAUGACAACUCAGAUUGAUUAUUUCGAACGCAUCCUUACCGCCGGCAAUAUCUACUCUCCCUCCCAUAUCCCCUCCUCCCUCGCUCUCGUCAGCGUCGCCGGCAACGACUAUGCCACUUUCAUGGCCCUAAAACGCCCACUGACCGAGUUACCGGCAUUCAUGCAACAAGUCGUUGGUCAAAUUGAGGUAAACGCGAGACGCAUCCACAAGUUAGGAGUGAAGAAGAUAGCGAUUACUUCAAUGCAGCCACUCGGAUGCCUCCCUAGCAUCACCGUCUUUGCAUCAUACCAACGUUGCAACGCGACAGAUAACAUAGCAACGAAUCUUCACAACUAUUUGUUGCACAAAGCCGUCGCCAGGCUUAACAGUGAGACCAAACCCUCCACUUUCGUCGUCAUUGAUCACUACAACGCUUUCUUGACCGUUUUCAAGAACAAAGGACCGGAACCGGGUGUUACGAGGUUUGGGAAACCGUUGGAACCGUGUUGUGUUGGGAUCGACAGUAAUCACGACUGCUCAAACGUGGACGAGAAGGGUGAGAAGAAGUACACAAUUUGUGAAGAUCCAAAGGGUGCCUUCUUUUGGGACGUCUUUCAUCCGACCGAAGAAGGGUGGAGAUCUGUUUACUCGGUUUUACAUAAAAGUCUCAAAGACGUUUGGAUUUAAGA